AUGUGGCUUUAUCGGGGCGUCCAGUCGGCCGUCUUCUACUACGCUACCUGCACCCCUUGUGCGAACUCAGUCGACCGUCGAAAACGCAUGAAAGAUGCCGCCCGAUCGCGCCGCGAGAACGCCAAGAUCGACGCCGUCGUGACCGACCAACCCCGACCCUUUGCCCAGCCGACCGCAUUUAGCACUAACCAAGGGUGGAAUGAGGAAAUCGCCCUGGGCCCCGGACCCCCGCCGCGAAGGCAUCGCAACAACCAUCGUCGGACGGAUAGUUGGAAUACCGAUGCACGAUCCCUGGAUGCCUCCGAGUUGGAGCUCGAAGGGCUGCAGAAGAAGGACAAGAGCGUGCUCAAGCACCAGCUCGGCGAUCGGUGGAAUCGGAUGCGGUAUCAACGGGAGGACGAACCGCUGUGGGGUGAAGAGGUGGAGGUAAAGGGUUCGUCGGUCGGACUCUCCGGUCGGGGCAGGGCGGACGAGGACUCGAAUAGUAAAUACUACAUCGCUCGGGUGCCUCCUGUCAACGACCUGCACCCGCCGAUCGUCAGUGGGCCUAAGAGCAAGGCGGAAACGCGAUGGAUGCUGCAACCUCCGCCGAGUGCCAAGGUUAUGGCUGGCAAGGAGCGGUUCAGUUCUUCCAGCAGCAGCCCGACUGAAGCCACCCGGCGAACCAUCCCCGAGAAGAAUGCCACCGGACCUACAUCUUCACCGCAAGAAACAUCCCACCGUUCCUCUCGCGCCCCUGAACGAAAACCUAAGCCUUCGAUCCGCGUCACUCCCAGUGGCUAUCGCAGUCGGGAACCUGCUGGUCCCGACAGUCGUGUCCCUCAACUCCUGCCCUCGGCCUCCGUGUACGGCCGCGAUGAAUCGAAAUUCGUCAUCCCUGAGUCCCUUCAUUCCCGAUCAGAUUCCUCGUCACCUCCUUCUCCGACCGACUCCUCCCCUGGUGUCUCCUUACACUCUCCCGAUACCCCCGUUUCCCGGCCAGUCUCCAAGCGCAUGAACGAUGGCGAUAAAGUGCACCACCCGCAGAUCUCCAAAACUCUUUCCACCUUACAGCGGGAUACCAACAAGGUCCAGUGUAUCCAUGUGGAAAUCAACGACCCUCACGACGACGUCGCAGUAGGCCACUUCGAACAGAUCCGGCCGUGGCGUUGGAGCAUGGAUAUCUAG